GUAAAUGCAGUUGGCAAUCCUUUCAUCACCAUUUGACAAAUUAUUGUGAAUAUUUCUGAAGUUUUUCUGAAGUAGAGUAAUUUUCAAUAUUAAUAAGAGGUUAUUUACAGUCGAUUUUUGUUACGAGCAACGUUGAGAUAUGAGUGAAUGAAACGAAUCACCAUGUACGAGACUUGAGGUCUGCUCUGAAGUGUUGAUUUUACAUUUCGAUAUAUCUGGUGAUAACAAAUUUCAAGUACUUGAAAAAAAAAAUCAGGGUAUAAAAACCAAACUUGUCAUAGUCGUUUCUGCUGCAUCACGCUAUGGCUCCUUUGAGAUCUUUGGUUCUGGUGCUAUUAUUUUCAGUAGCAAGUUUUGCUGCUGAACUGAAUAACAAAUACUUUCCAGAUGACUUUAUGUUUGGUGCUGCAACAUCCGCAUAUCAAAUUGAAGGUGCUUGGAAUGAAGAUGGAAAAGGUGAAAAUAUAUGGGACCACAUAACACACAGAAAUAAAACUUUUACCCAUGGAGGUGAUAACGGUGAUAUAACUUCUGAUUCAUAUCACAAAUACAAAGAAGAUGUUGCCAUUUUGAAAGCUAUGAAUGUAACCCAUUACAGAUUUUCCAUUGGGUGGUCCAGAAUAUUACCAAAUGGAUUCACCAACCAAAUUAAUGACCUGGGUGUAGCAUAUUAUAACAACCUGAUCAACGAAUUGAAAUCAAACAACAUCGAACCUCUAGUAACACUCUACCAUUGGGAUACACCCCAGGCUAUACAAGACAUAGGUGGUUUUCCAAAUGGAAUCAUAGUCGACUUAUUUGCAGACUAUGCAGAACUAUGUUUCAAACUGUUUGGUGACCGGGUCAAAUACUGGAUGACUUUCAACGAACCAAAACAGCCCUGCAACCAUGGAUAUGGUUCGGGGGAUUACGCUCCUGGUAUUCAAUCACCCGGUAUAGGAGAGUAUAUGUGUUCGCAUAAUGUUAUUAAAGCACAUGCCAAGGCUUGGCAUAUUUACAAUGACAAGUUUAGAGCAGAGCAAAAAGGUCAAGUUGGGAUUGUAAUAGAUUCCAAUUGGUGGGAACCAGCGAGCGAUUCCGCUGAAGAUAAAGAAGCAUCAGAAACCAAACUUCACUUCACAUUCGGAUUAUAUGCAAACCCCAUUUUCAACGGUGACUAUCCAAAAGUGAUGAAAGACAAAAUAAAGGAACGCAGUUUGGCUCAGGGUUUCAAAGAAUCUCGACUACCUCCCUUCACUGAAAAAGAAAUAGCUGAAAUCAAAGGCACUGCUGAUUUCUUGGGUGUCAAUACAUACUCAUCGUCCCUUGUUUCGCACGACAAAGAGGUGGAUAAAAUGGCUAUGGGCUACGUAAAAGAUUCCGAAGUCAAGGACUGGUUUGAUGAUUCAUGGGAAAAGGGAGCUUCAGAUUGGCUAACGGUUACGCCUUGGGGAUCUAGAAAACUACUCAAAUGGAUAAAAGACACAUACAACAGCCCCAGGAUUAUCAUAACCGAAAAUGGUUAUUCUGAUUUCGAUGGAACACUGGAUGAUGAUAAACGAAUUCAUUAUAUAUCGACAUAUCUCAGCAGUAUCAAAGAUGCCAUGGAUGAAGACGGAGUUGACAUAUUUGGUUACACAGUAUGGAGUUUGUUGGAUAACCUGGAAUGGACAUUUGGUUUUACGAACAAGUUUGGUCUCUACAAUGUAGACUUCAAUAGUCCCAAUAGAACUAGGACACCAAAGAAAUCAGCGACAUUCUACAAAAACCUCAUAAAAACGAAAUGUUUGGUAGAAAAAUGCGUUGAAAAAUAAGGGUAAAUAGAUGUAUACUGUAUGAAAUAAAAUGAAAUUUCUAUUACUUUUU